AUGGUUGACCUUACGCGGAGUGACGAUGGAACAUUUCGACCUGGAGUGCCAUUCGGCUUACCCGAGGGAUUCCAAUGGAUUUGGUCCCAAACCGGGCACUCUGUUCCUCAUCCAUCCUCCAAAGAGGCACCCUGGGAAAGGCCACGCCGCUCGGCAAUCAGACCACGAUGGACCUCGCCGGAAUUGCCAGAUAGGCUGCUGCUCAAGAGCUUCCUCGAGGUCUACAUGCGCUCUCCAAUGCGCCGGAUAUUUCCAGUCAUUGAUCCGGCAUUCUUUCCUCAGACUAUAGAAGCAGCCUAUUCGCAUACCAACCCGCCAAAUAUCCGGAAUCACAGUGCUCAUGCCUGUAUUCUCACCUUUAUGGCUCUGGUUUCCUCUCUGCACCCUUUUGAUCCAACCUACAAUGGGGCUCACCUCCCUUCUAUACCUCGAGAUUCGUAUGUUGCACAUGCAAGUACCCUUCUACCAGCUAUCAUCCAGGGGCCUCUGAAUCUUGAUUCUCUACAGGCUGCUAUUUUACUUGCACUCCUCAGCAUCCUCGCUGGCGAAAUACAAAUAGGAGUCCACUAUACGUCGAUUGCCUCGCGCCUUUUAAUAACGGCUGGAGCUCACACAAUGUCAGACGACUUCAAUUGCAGUAGUACUACACCAUCAACCCUCAGGCAACAUCUCCGGACUCUAUUUUGGUUUUGUUACACACUCGACAGAGAUCUAUCCCUGCGUACAGGGCAACCGCACUGUCUUAGGGACGAAGACUGCAUCCUCGAUAUCCCCCCGGUGUACAAAGAGAACCUCCACUUGUGUCUAGACCACUCUCCAGGAAGCGCCGACACAAACCUUGGCAGUCCUAUUUUCCCAUGCGACCUUCGUCUCAGCAAAAUAAAAUCACGAACCUUCGACGCGCUCUUCUCCCGCAGGGCUUUCCAAAAAUCCGAUGUCGACCUCCUUCGCUCGAUCCGCGAACUAGAUGAAGAGCUUGAGUGUUGGAGGAUGUCGUUACCAGAAAAUCUCCGCCCGCAGCUCUCUUUCGCACCAGGACAUACCAAGCCAAAGAACACAUACAGAGUCUUCGCACACAUGAAUUAUUAUUGUUGCGUCAACCUUAUUCACCUCGCCGGUGGGCGGUGUAGUGCCUGGCGCUCAGGAUCCACAACAGUGAGAGAAACAUUAGAUGGCAUUCAACUGAGCCUGACACUCUCUGUGGAGGCAAGCCGUUCUCUUCUGCUCUUUCUAGACGACUCAGAGGCCCGGAUCAGCGCUGCGAGCUUCUGGAGCCUGCUCUUCUACCCAAUGUCCGCAGCUAUAACCAUCUUCUGCAACUUGCUCCAGAAUCUCCAUGCGGACAGUGUGAAACGCGAUCUGCAUCUUUUAACCCUGGCCGAAAAGACUACAGCUCGUCUCUUCCUGAGACGUGAUAGUGUUUUUGAUCGAGUAAGUGAUUUGCAGCCCGUGACUGCAUCCAUUUCUGCAUUAAGAGAACAUGCUGAGAGGGCUAGUUUGGGGAAGUUGGCUGAUUAG